UAGCGUUGCGCCAAAUAAUUGUCCUGACUUCGGAGUGUUUCAGUGCGAGUAGCUGGUAGACAGCUGACUCAAUAACGUUAGCUGUUUAUUGAAAAGAUUGUUUUUGUUUCAACAUUGUCAGUGGACUAGCUAGCUAAAUUGGCGUGGGAGAGUCGCUAAGAGGCACCAUGAGUGAAGAGGAGCAGUUUGUGAACAUUGACCUGAACGAUGACAACAUCUGCAGUGUCUGCAAGCUGGAGACGCACACGGAGACCCUGUCCUUCUGCCACGUCUGCUUCGAGCUGAGCAUCGAGGGCGUGUGCGGCACCACCCUCCUGCACUCCACCUCCCUGCGGGGCCACCGCGACUGCUUCGAGAAGUACCACCUCAUCGCCAACCAGAAGCUGUCCCGCGCCAAGGGCUCGCGCAGCGCGUACGAGGGCGUGAAGAGCGCGCUGAGCCAGAAGAUCAACCGCCUCGUGCAGUACGCGCAGAACCGCGAGGCGGCGUCGGAGUCGGCCCGCCGCGGGGGCAAGCACCCGCUCCUCUGCUACAGCCAGCAGGGCGACCGCACCCUGGUGCCCCAGUCCGACUCCCACGUGCCCCGCUACGCCCCCCGCUGGGCCGAGGGGGUGGCGGCCGCCGCGGGGCUCCCGGACUGCGGCCAGGGCAUGCUGGAGCGGCGGGGCGGCGAGGAGCUGGUGCUGGGGGCCGGGGGGUGCGGGCUGUGGGCCGGGGGGAAGAGGACGGUCCACCGGAACCAGCAGCAGGGCGGCGGCCCGAAUGGGCUCCGGCAGCACCGGCACCCGGGCCUCGGCAGGGAGGAGUUGGCCGGGAUGAGUGCUGAGGAGCUUGGCCAGUUGAAAGGACAGCUGCUGCUACAGAUUCAAAAGGUGUUCGAGGAGCUGACGGCGGCGGUCCAGGACAAGGACUCUCUGGCCUCCGAGCUCCACGUCCGGCACAUCGCCAUCGAGCAGCUCUUCAAGAACUGCGCCAAGCUGCCCUGGCUGCAGAUCGGCAGGGCCGGGGUCAAGGCCAACAACAACACUCCAGUGGAGUGAAGCGCGUCUCCAAACCUUCACCUUGACCAAAAACACAAAAACAGGCCCUAAUAAUAAGUGUGCUGUCCCUGUCUCCUCCGGCCUGUCCCGUCUCCACACGCCCUCUGACUCAGGCCACCGACACACUGCCUCGGACUGUUCCUGUGCCUCGGACUGUUCCGGGUGCCGCCCCACCCAGCUUUUACACAGCCCGUGCCGUGACACGACUGUUAAGACCGUGACGGAACCGUGCGGAAAGGUUGCUUUAGUUUGUUUGCACACAAAUACAGGGGGUGAGUGGGUAUGUCCUGCCCUUGGGAGGGGUCUGAGAAGGACACGUCUGUGCUGCACUGGGUGUUCAGGGCAAGAAGGCAAAGAGAAGAUCUCCUGGCUGAUAGACCCUCAGACGGGACCUGAGGCUGGACAUUAACGCCGCUUAAUGUUUUAGGAGUCACCUUUAGGGGUGCGCCUUUCUUCUAUGCAGAACUACGACGGUCAGCGCUGUAGCGUUUGUUCAAGAAACAUUUUUUAUGUUCAUUUUUUUUUUGCAAAACCACUUUGUAAAUCUACACCAAAAACGUGACAUUUGAACUACCUACAUGAUCAAGCGUGAUACAGAAGGUCAUAUGCGCGUAAAUGCCAGGCGAUUUUAAUCAUGAUUUUAGUUAUUGUUUUUAUUUUUCUUGUUUAUGGAUUUUACCCGUGCUUGUUUUAACUAUAUUUAUUAUUCUGAAAUUGCAGUACAUAUCAGUGUAAGUGGGCGAGGCCUUGUAGUGACUGUGAUGUUGAACUGUUGGCCCUCUGUGCUGAACAAUGAGACCAUCAACAGUCCUGAGGAACCACUUUCCCUGGGUUUGCAGUGCAUUCUGGGAUGCUUCUGUGUGUGCAGCUGCCUUAUUAUCCCUGCCUUGAGUGACUGGUUCUGCCGUUGCUGUGGUAACUGCCCCAGAGUUGAGUGGUUUAAUCAGUUGAGUGGAACUUCUUAAUUAGAAUUGCUGGAGCACAGGGCUGCCCCCUCCCUUUCUGAGGGUGAAAUCCAAGCGCAAGGAGCCUUUUUUUUUCUUUUUUCGAGAAGUGUUAAAAUACUCUUAGUGGUGUUUUACUGAAGGGAAAGUUUAUGUAUGACUGUGGUCAGCUCAAUGAUUUACUGGCUUUGGUGUUUAGCAUUGCAUCAUGUUGAAAGUAAAACAACAGGAUAUGGGUUGGGUUGGUUUGCAAAUGGCUUCGGUAGAAAGCUUUGAGCUGGAAGAGAGAUUAUACUAUAUUAGUGGCUGUGUGGUUUACAAAUUUCAUUUAGUUUUUCUUUCAUUUUGGUCAUAACCUGUUGCAGCGUCUAUCCGUUUUUUGGGGGGAUUGGACCUUUUGGAAUGUUCUAGAGUUCAUUUAGUUUCAUUUUCUGAGUAUUUCAAAUAUUGCAUUUCACUUGUACUUCGUUUUCAAUCUAAUAAGGAAGAUUUAAGGAAGGAGUGCUGUGCACAGUGAAAGUUCAGCUUUGGUUCACACAUUUCAUCUGGAAACAUGGUUUCGUGGUUAAACUUGCAGUUGGGGUUUCAUUCAUUUGAAGCUUGCAAUUGAAGAGGGUCGGCCAUUUUGACAGGCCCAGAUACUUGCAGAAUAUCAUAUUUAUCCGGCAGUAUUUCACUUUUUGCAUAACUACAUGGACCAUUGUAUAUAAUAUCACCAAAUGUACAAUGUGUGAAGAAAACUGUAUAAAGUUAUUUGGUACCAUUAAGUAUUACAUGAUAACCAUUUUUACAACAUGCUCCAAGUAUUCAUUAUCCUCACUUUUUCAACCUGAUGUUUUCAAAAUAUUUAAACUUUUUUAAAAUUGUUUGAUCACAUUUUUAACUGUUUUGUGGCUGUAUGUUUAUGGGGUUGUUUGUGAUUUUUCUGUUAGCUAUCUAGUUUUCAUGUUUUUAUUUAGUCUACUCACUGCAACUAGACCGUCUUGCAACUAGACUAGGCCUUGUUUAGUAUCACAUCAUGCAACUGGAGGGGAAACGAGUCCACUGCCCUCUGCUGGGUGUUAGGCGGUGGUGCAUUUUCCGCUCAGAAUGGCAGAACACUUGGUCUUUUCUCAUUGGGUUUUUGUUCAAAAUUGCAUUAAAAAAAAAAUCUAUUCAUGAAAACAGAAACCUAGUAAAUAUGUAUUCAUCCCCAAAUAUCCUUCUCUCUUCAUAAGAGAAAUUAUAUUUGACCCCUUGGGGUUUUAAAGAAAAGGUUUUUAAGCUCAGACUAAUGGAUAUGUGAUGUUUUUGUUUGCAUGCAUGAAAUGAUUUACUGGUGUGAUGCUGUACAAACUGAAGGUAUUUCUUCAUAGGUGGCUUCCCAACCCCGAUCCAAAAAUGUUUAGGAGAUAGGUUCAUUCUGUGGAAUGCUUUCCCAAGCAGGUCUCUGCCUUAUUUGAAAUGUGUACAUUGUGUCACGAAUUUCAGUUGAUUCUCAGUAGUGGGUAAUCUUGUAGAUGUGUGUUUUCUUCGUCUUUUUCUUCUCCUUUUCUUUUGAAGUUUCAUAGGUACUUCAGUGGCCUGGUGGGAUUGGAGUGUGAGUGUGAGUGAGAGUGAGUGUGUGUGUGACUUUUCCAUUAAACAUGCAAUAAUUUGUGUUUGUGCAGCUUACUGCCUGUGUGAAUUGUGUGUGUAGUAAUUUGUAUUUUUCCUAAGAAAAAUAAAACUAUUUUCUUACA